CUCUCCUCACGUGACCGUCUGCAGCGUGACGUGACAUCAGCUGACUGCAGCCACAGAGGAGGCAGAAGCAGCACAAAUCCUCCGUCGACCUUGCUCCGUGUGUCCGCGCAGAGUGACCCAGCAUGGCGAGCCAGUCUCAGGGCAUCCAGCAGCUGCUGCAGGCCGAGAAGAGGGCGGCCGAGAAGGUGGCCGAGGCCCGCAAGCGUAAGAAUCGGCGACUGAAGCAGGCGAAGGAAGAAGCUCAGGCUGAGAUCGAACAGUACCGCCUGCAGAGAGAGAAGGAGUUCAAGACCAAGGAGGCCGCCGCUCUUGGUUCCCAUGGUAAUAGCGCCGUGGAGGUGGAUCGUGACACGGCGGAGAAGAUGAAUCGUAUCCAGGCCAGUUACCGUAGUAACCGGGAGGCGGUGCUAACCGAGCUGCUGCGGCGCAUCUGUGACAUCCAGCCAGAGUUUCAUGCCAACUACCGUGUGGCUGGCUGAGGGGGCGGGUAUGUUAUCUAAGUGGAGUUAAGAUGAGGGAGGCGGGGCAAACAGAGGAGACCUGGACAUUAGUUUUGUUAGCAGCAUUAGCUUGGAUAAAACAUGUGAUUUCAGAAACUCUAUAAAAGUGUUAAAACCUCAGAGCUUUUAUUUUGAAGGUUAAAGUUCAUUUCUUCCUGUUUUCCCAUGCUGGGUGAAGGUGAGGUCUAAAUGUUGGUGUUACUGUGGUGAUGUUUACGAAAUAUUUAUAUCAAAUUAAAUUUGUUUUUCUUUAAGUGUUUCCUGGAUCUUGCAAAAUAAAAGUCUUAUCUUUCUACUUUGAUCACCAGCCAAUCAGCUGUAAAUUUACCAGCAGUCGCUAACUGAUGUGACAGCUGCUAAUAGGCUCAUAGCUCUGCUGUCUGAUUGGCUGAAGAAAGUGGAAAGACUUUUAUUAUGAAACUACUGUCCAAUUCCACAUUGUUGUUUCCUGUUUGUGACCAUGUAACUUGUUGUUGUUGUCUGUGACAUGGUGAUAAUGAACAUAUUAAAAAGAAUGUUGAUUGGC